AUGGCGACAGCGGAGCAGCAACAGAACGAGAGCGUGGAGAAGAACGAGGGGCAGAGCCGGCACCAGGAGGUGGGGCACAAGAGCCUGCUGCAGAGCGAUGCGCUGUACCAGUACAUCCUGGAGACGAGCGUUUACCCGCGGGAGCCGGAGAGCAUGAAGGAGCUGCGGGAGAUCACGGCGAGGCACCCAUGGAACAUCAUGACCACCUCCGCCGACGGGGGGCAGUUCCUCAACCUCCUCCUCAAGCUCAUUGGCGCACGGAAGACCAUCGAGAUCGGGGUAUUCACCGGGUAUUCCCUGCUCGCCACCGCGCUUGCCCUCCCCGACGACGGCAAGGUACGCGUUAUCCGAUCGCAUCCGAUCCAAUUCGCCGCCGCUGCCCCUCUUCCGUGGAUCUUCUCCAGUGGGGACAUCCGCUAAACUGCCACACCCACGUCCUGCAGAUCCUCGCGAUGGACAUCAACCGGGAGAACUUCGAGAUUGGGCUGCCGGUGAUGGAGAAGGCCGGCGUCGCCCACAAGGUCGACUUCCGCGAGGGCCCCGGCCUGCCGCUUCUUGAUCAGCUCCUGGAAGACGUAAGAACUGAUCUGAGGAACUCCUCUUUCUGAGCAUUCUCUCACCGUGAGAUCGAACUGAACUGAGGAUCCGAUCCGAUCCGAUCCAAUCAACGCACAGGAGAAGAACCUCGGGUCAUUCGAUUUCGCCUUCGUGGACGCGGACAAGGACAACUACAUCAACUACCACAAGCGGUUGAUCGAGCUGGUGAAGGUGGGCGGGGUAAUCGGCUACGACAACACGCUGUGGAACGGCUCCGUGGUGGCCCCCCCGGACGCCCCAAUGCGCAAGUACGUCCGCUACUACCGUGACUUCGUGCUCGAGCUCAACAAGGCCCUCGCCGCCGACCCCCGCAUCGAGAUCUGCCAGCUCCCCGUUGGCGACGGCAUCACACUCUGCCGCCGCAUCAUCUGA